UGCCGGCCCGACCGGCUUCGCCCCCCCCCGUUUUUUUAUUAUUAUUUUUGCCCCGUUCGUUACCGCCUCGUCCCGGCGGGCGCCAUGUCGGGGGAAGGAGCGACGGAGCAGGCUGCAGAAUAUGUCCCAGAGAAAGUCAAGAAAGCUGAAAAGAAAUUAGAAGAGAAUCCAUAUGACCUUGACGCUUGGAGCAUUCUCAUUCGAGAGGCACAGAAUCAACCUAUAGACAAAGCACGGAAGACCUAUGAACGCCUUGUUGCCCAGUUCCCCAGUUCUGGCAGAUUCUGGAAACUGUACAUUGAAGCAGAGAUUAAAGCUAAAAAUUAUGACAAGGUUGAAAAGUUAUUUCAGAGAUGUCUCAUGAAAGUUUUACACAUUGAUCUGUGGAAAUGUUAUCUUUCAUAUGUUCGAGAAACCAAGGGAAAACUACCCAGUUACAAAGAAAAAAUGGCACAGGCAUAUGACUUUGCUUUGGAUAAAAUUGGCAUGGAAAUUAUGUCUUAUCAGAUCUGGGUGGACUACAUCAAUUUCUUAAAAGGCGUGGAAGCUGUUGGAUCUUAUGCAGAAAACCAGAGAAUAACAGCAGUCCGCCGGGUUUAUCAGCGAGGUUGUGUUAACCCAAUGAUCAAUAUUGAACAACUCUGGAGGGAUUAUAAUAAGUAUGAAGAGGGCAUUAAUAUUCAUUUAGCUAAAAAAAUGAUUGAAGAUCGCAGUAGGGAUUAUAUGAAUGCGAGACGUGUCGCCAAGGAAUAUGAAACUGUAAUGAAAGGCCUGGACCGUAACGCUCCCUCAGUCCCCCCACAAAAUACUCCCCAGGAGGCUCAGCAAGUAGACAUGUGGAAGAAAUACAUUCAGUGGGAGAAGAGUAACCCCCUCCGAACUGAAGACCAAACCCUCAUAACAAAAAGAGUGAUGUUUGCAUAUGAACAGUGCUUACUGGUGCUGGGCCAUCACCCGGAUAUUUGGUACGAAGCAGCACAGUAUCUUGAGCAGUCCAGUAAGCUGCUAGCUGAAAAGGGGGACAUGAAUAAUGCUAAGUUGUUUAGUGAUGAAGCUGCUAAUAUAUACGAAAGAGCCAUCAGCACUUUACUGAAGAAAAAUAUGCUUCUGUAUUUUGCAUAUGCAGACUACGAAGAGAGCCGGAUGAAAUAUGAAAAGGUUCACAGUAUAUAUAAUAGACUUUUAGCCAUUGAGGAUAUUGAUCCCACAUUGGUGUAUAUCCAGUACAUGAAAUUUGCUAGGCGAGCAGAAGGCAUCAAAUCUGGAAGGAUGAUAUUCAAAAAAGCCAGAGAGGAUGCUAGAACCCGACACCAUGUCUACGUUACUGCAGCAUUAAUGGAAUACUACUGUAGUAAGGACAAAUCAGUGGCCUUUAAGAUAUUUGAACUGGGACUAAAGAAAUAUGGAGACAUUCCAGAGUACGUCCUGGCCUAUAUAGAUUAUCUGUCACACCUGAAUGAGGACAAUAAUACGCGAGUAUUAUUUGAAAGAGUUUUAACAUCCGGAAGCCUCCCGCCCGAGAAAUCUGGAGAAAUCUGGGCCCGAUUCCUGGCUUUUGAAAGCAACAUCGGCGAUCUCGCCAGCAUACUGAAAGUGGAGAAACGACGAUUUACUGCCUUCAAAGAAGAGUAUGAGGGCAAAGAAACCGCGUUACUCGUGGAUAGGUACAAAUUCAUGGACUUGUAUCCCUGCUCUGCCAGUGAACUGAAAGCACUUGGGUAUAAGGAUGUCUCACGUGCCAAGCUAGCAACCAUAAUUCCAGACCCAGUUGUAGCUCCUUCGAUAGUGCCUGUCCUGAAAGAUGAAGUGGAUAGAAAACCAGAAUAUCCCAAACCUGACACCCAACAGAUGAUCCCAUUUCAGCCAAGACAUUUAGCACCUCCGGGUUUACAUCCCGUGCCAGGCGGCGUCUUCCCUGUCCCACCCGCUGCUGUAGUUUUAAUGAAGCUCCUCCCUCCUCCCGUCUGCUUCCAGGGCCCUUUCGUACAAGUGGACGAACUGAUGGAAAUUUUCCGAAGAUGCAAGCUGCCGAGCUCAGUGGACGAGGCCGUGCGGAUCAUCACCGGGGGCCUCACGGAACUGACGGUGGAAGGCAACGGCCCCGUGGAAAACAACGCCGUGCUCAACAAAGCCGUCAAGAGGCCCAACGAGGACUCCGACGAGGACGAGGAGAAGGGCGCCGUGGUGCCCCCCGUCCACGACAUCUACAGAGCCCGCCAGCAAAAGAGGAUCCGGUGAAACGAGGGUAAAAAAAAAAAAACGAACCGCGCUAGGCAAAGACUGGUAUCCAGGUGUUCCUUUUUGCCUCAUCAGUCACACGCGUAAAAGGGACGACGCUUUUCGUCACCAGCAUCUUGGAGACGGAGCGGUGUCGUCGCAGUGGUGCCUCUUUCUGCCGUACGAUUCUUGAUCAGACAGAACGAAACAACCAGUUGGGGGAAAUCUUAGGGUGCUGAACGGAUCUGCGCUUUGAGCAACGUUAGGGUUUCAAAAUGCGAACGGGCGUCAAGUGGCCGGGCUGCAUUUCGUUCCCUCUUCCAGUGCGCUUGGAUCUGUAGCACUUGAAGAUUUGCGGGUUUCAACAGUUUUAUUUUAAAAACUGGAUGGCUUUAUACUUGUGAAGCAUUUUAAUUCACAUUUUCUGAAAGACCCCCCCACCCCCCCGUUCUCAGUUUGCUCACGUAGAGUCCUGCCUUGUUUGUUUUUAUUUAUGGCAGAAUGUAUGAAAUCUGUUUUGUAGUUUCAAAUGGAAAAACCAUUCCUAUAAAAUAAAAGGAUCCCAACCAUA